AUGACAAUGCGCUGUCGGCUGCGGGGCAGAAGGUCGAGCAUGCAGUGGAGCAUGCAGCAGAGGAGCCCCCUCGCUUACUUCAACCUGAUUUGCCUUGGCUUCGUGGUGCAUGACGUUACUUCCUUCGUUUCAUGGCUUGGACGCGUGGAGGGGGAGGUCGGCGUGGCGCAGGCCAGCAGGGCCGUGGCCACAGCAGCCGUAGCCACGGUGGUCGUGGUGGUCGCGGCCGGAGGGGUGGCUAUGGAAGGAACUCCUUACCACCAGGAGUUCCUUCGACAGCGGCAGGAGGACAUCGGGAAGCUGGCACAAGACCUUGUGGGCAACAAUUUGGUGGGGUUAUCCACACUUAAGCAGUGCCGCAUGGUGCUUCACUAUUUGGAUGAACAGAACCGCCCGCUGCAUCCAAAUGAUGAACCACUAUUAGGUGUGCACAUAAGUCUGCAGCUGGGCCCCCAGCAGGCAUUCAGUGGGCGGCAGGAGUUCGGCGCCAUUGGCAGGGAGCUUAUCCAGCUGCUGUAUAAUCAGACUAAUAAAAAGCGCAAGCUGUGGGAGAAGGAUGAGCAACAUGAGCAGGUUGAUGAGCUGCAGCAUUUGCCACCAGGGCACAGGCCAUGGCCAGAUCUUUCAGACAUCCAGGUGCUAUUUCAGAUCUUCAUCUAUGGCCGCACAGGUGCCUAUCCAUCUCUGCUGCAGCUUGAGGAGAAGUACCAGUCGAGGUGGCGGCAGGGAUACAAGCAGUGCUGGCAAGAGAUUAAGUAUCUUUAUAACAAAUGCAUCAUGUGGACCACCUCACAGCGUUGCUGCACGGUGGUCCAGGCUGCACAGUUCUGGCUUGCUGUGCAGAAGAGGGAGCAACUUAGCCUGGACCAGCUGCAACAUUAUGUGAAAGAGCAAGAGCUGCAGGGCGAGCUGAAGGCAAUUGUCACCCCUGUGCACCCUGAUGUGUACAAAUUGCCUGUAAAGGGGGCCCAAAAGGUUGCUCUCCGCAGAGUUCUGGCUGGCGAGGCUGGGGAGGCAGCAGCAGCAGAGCAGACUGUCCCAACCUGUCAGCGAAUUCCCAAGACUGCUUCGAUACCUGAGGCCUUUCUGUUUGCCCUUUCUGUUACAAAUAUGUCAGCAAUUAGGCUUGGUGCUGUCGGGAGAUUAGGUAACGUGGGGCUGACAGCUGGGUGGCGAGAAAUCCAGGGUGACGUGCUGGGUGCGGGCUCCGUGGUGGAUGUGCGGACCAGUGCAGGGUACACGGAUCAAGUUCGUCGAACAACCUGUCAGGUGACAGACCUGGUGCCGUAUCCAAAAGCAAAUUACGGCAAGCAAGUGUGUGGCAGCCUAAACACACCAUCAUGCCCGACUCACUAUGACGACGGGUGA